UUCAAUUCAUCGAUUCGGUGGUGCAUGCUUUAUUUGUUGGUUAGGUUCUGAGGUUCUUGUAUGCAGAAAUGUUAGUUUGCAAUGUCUCUGACGUAUUCAAGCCCGGGUUUGAAGCCAUUUGUGCUUCCCAUUCUAACUUAAUCCCUUUCCUUUUUGGUUUUGCUAGUGUUUCUGAGGAAGGGAUCUCAAUGGCUGACAAGUCAUCUAAAGCUGUUUUUGCUUAUAUGGGAUACGCCCAAGUUGCGACACCAACUCAAAGCUAUAGUGGAAAGCAGAAUGACAUCACCUGUUAUGCGGGGCCGAGAAGAAAACAAUCUGGCAGUUCCAACUCUUAUCAAAGGACUGCAAAGGCUUCUUGUGUGGACAAGCAGACCGGUAUCUAUGCCCGAUCAACAACCAAAGAGGUUAUCUCUACGGGAGAUACUUUCAAGGAGAGACCAACAGGAAGGGCUGGUGUCAAGAAUGAUUACACAACUACCAAAACUUGCAGGGUUGGGGACAAAAGUGGCUAUUCUGAAUACCAGGUUCAAGAGAGGUAUCGACGGGUUGAUUAUGAUGGCAAUAACAGCAGGAAGGGCAACUCUGGGGGCAAGGGCAUCAAGGCCAGCACCAGCAGCAAGGGGAAAAACAGCAUCAAGGCCAGCGCCAGUGCCAAAGGCAGCUCCAGCACGAAGGGCAUUAAGGCCACUGCUAGCAUAAAGACCGGCUAUAGCACCAAGGGAAGCAAGGUCAGCUCCAGCACGAAGGCCAGCGCCAUCAUCAAAACCAGCUAUAGCACUAAGGGCAGCUACUAUUAGAAGUAUUUGAAUAAUAUGCUCAUAAUAUCUGUCUAGUGGCUGGAUGUAGUAUGGAUGCUAUUAUGUUGUGUUAGCUUGGCGCUACUGUCUUUGUUGAACACUUUAGGUUUUGUCUUGUGUUCAAGUACAUCCUGAAGUUUAUAUAGUUGCAGAAACUAUUAAUCAAAUGGUUGAUAUGCA